AGAUGGCUCGUUUGCGAUGACAUGGUUUCUUCCUGCCUGCAUGCCAUAGCUCCGAAGUGUACGUGUAAGGGACGACAGGGCAUCCUGUUGUGAUUGUCUAAUUUUACCUGGUCUGUGUUUAUUGCGAAGAUGAAUCGAGGUUGGAAGCGUUUCCUUCCCUUCCUGCUCGGAUUCGCGUUCUCCCUUCAGACUGAGUCCAUGGCGUCGCUUUCUGUGGAGCAGCCGGCGGGAGCCGCGUGCUUCUGCUGGUUCAGACCAGCGCUCUUGGAGGGGAAUAGGUUGCGAGGGAUACCUAUGGGGGUGAAGGAGAGCCGUGGACUGAAGGGACGAGAGAGUACCUGCUGGCAGAUGCUACACGGGGGGGAUCGUCAUGCUGAUAGGAGAGUUCGAGCGAAGCUGAGCCACAUCAGUUCGUUCCUGAGCUCGGGGAAGAGGUGGAUGGACGGGAAGCUGCCGACGAAAACCUUCGCGUCCACGAUCUCAGGAGGCGUGUGUACGGAUGGCAGCGACGAUGAGUUUCACUACCCUGAGGGGUCCACCAAGUUCAUAGCUGAAUGCGAGCUGCCAACAGACAGGGGGGUUUUCCGCAUGAGAGCAUAUCGAUACAAGGGGGCGAAAGUCGUUAUCAGGGAGGGGGAGCGGGUGUUGGAAUGGACGGAGAUGGAGCCUGUUGUUAUCUACAAACAAGCGAAGAAGUUUGUGGAUCCUGUGGCUGUCAGAGUGCACGAUCAAUGUUACACCUCUGAGGUUCUAGGGUCGAAGAGGUGUGACUGUAAGGAGCAACUGGACCUUGCAUUGGAUUACAUCAAUCAGUUCGGAGGAGCGUUGAUCUACAUGCCUCAGGAGGGAAGGGGGAUCGGAUUGGCAAACAAGGUGGCGGCGUACCAUCUCCAGGACGGAGGGCUGGACACUGUGGAUGCCAACAGACAGCUGGCAGGUUUCGGAGACGAUGAGAGGAGCUACGAGUGUAUCCCUUACAUCCUAGAGGACAUGGGUAUCAAGUCCAUUCAGCUCAUGACAAACAACCCGUUCAAGAUCCGCCAGCUGUCAGAGCUAGGCGUGACCAUCGCAGGGACCAAGCCCCAUGUGGUCAAGCCCAACGUCUACAACGAGAAAUAUCUCCGUGCUAAGGUGAUGUCGAGGGAUGGGAGUUGUCUUGUUGGUGUGCUAAGAUGCCGUUGA